AUGAAUUCCGACGAUCUUGAAGCAACAGUAGCCACCGAUUACGAUCCUAUCAAGAGCUGCAGCGAUGUGGAGCUUUCUCGGUACAUAGAGAAGCUGCGUCUAGCUCAAGAUGAGAACCCACAUGUCAUUGAAGUCUCGGGAAGAUACGUCACCAAGUCAUACCGAGAAGACGAACUCGAUGAUACCAAGCAAGCUCUGGAGUACGCUGAGUCACUCGGAAUUCGCGUCCCUUCCAUCAGACGCAUCGUUCGAACAGCUGAUGAUGUCUUCGAAUGUGUUCAAGACCGAGUUGAUGGUGUCAACUUGAUGGACUGUUGGACUUCUCUGGGUUGGGUGUCGACGAUUCGCCUAGCGUUCCAGCUGCGUACAAUGGUGCGAAAGAUGAGGAAAGUCACGUCGCCAACAGCAGGCUCACUUGGAACCGGAAUCUGUCGCUCAUUUUGGAUCGAAGACCGUUACAGGUUGCCCAUUAGCCCGAGCGCUAGGGUAAUUGCCUGUGUAAUCAACUUCUGGUUCAACCACACAUCGUUCCGGCAAGAAGCGAGAAAGAAACCCGAGGAUCAUGCCACGUCUGUUGCCGGCCCCAUCACAGCACAGCCCCUAGUCUUCACUCAUCAUGACCUUGCGCCACGCAACUUGAUUCUCGACAACAAAGGAUCAAUAUGGCUGGUUGACUGGGACUAUGCAGGCUGGUAUCCGCAGUAUUUCGAGUACGCUGCCAUGCAUAACUUCAUUCCGCCAAAUACUUGGAGCCGUUUUGCCAAAUACCGGUGGAACUUAUUCGCUUGGAUAGCGACUGGGCUAUUUGAAAGGGAGCGGAAGAUCUUAGUCACUGCACAGAGAAAGGCCAUUCGAUUUCCUGCUGCGCGUCGAUUCAACAUCAAAGCAGGAGCGACCCCAUCACUAAGAACACCGGAUGAUUAA